CUCUCUCUUUUAUCCAUGUACAAUGAAAUGAAGUUGAAUCAAUAAGUUUUCACUAGUGAAAACAUAAACAUGUGUAAAUCCAGUGAACCAAGGACGUACAUAUAAACAAACCUGGACAAAUAUUAUUUGAACGGUAUAAACAAUAAUUCUCAGCUUGUAUUUCUCUAUGUUUAUAGUUUUAGUUCUAUUUUAAGCUGUCAAGUUCGUCGACGAGAAUAUAUUAUUAUUAUAGUAAUAUUAUUAUAGGGGUUAAAACAGUUCUUAAAUACUCUGAGGAUAUAAAGGAUAUAUAAGCAUAGAACCUGUGGCGUUUGAGAAUAAGAAAAUGUAUUUAUAUGCCACAUCCAAACCACAAGCAGACAAUCUUCUACUUCACUCAAAAAUAGAAAAUAACACUCUUCACUCUGCAAUGAAACUUCCGCUCCAGAUAGGACAAGUGUUUGGUUUGUUUCCACUCUACGUAGGGGGAGCCACUUAUGAAUCCCUUAAAAUUAAAUGGUGCUACUGGAGAAUGGUGUAUUCGAUUUUAAUGUUAAUCGGUAUUUUUUUCAUCACGAUUAUUACCACCUACAAAAACGUCCCUGAACACCAUGAUCUGUUGAGCUUAGAGGGCGUUAUAUUUUUCAUCAACGCUACAAUUCAGGCACUACUAUUUUUUAAAUUAACCUUUGAGUGGCCAGACUAUGUCAAAGAAUGGAACAAAGUGGAAACUAGAUUGUCAAAUAUGGAAGCCCCUGGAAGUUUGAAACAAAAAUUAAACAGCAUUGCGAUUGCAGUGUUGAUUCUAGCCACAGUGGAACAUUAUUUGGUGACAGCUGCCGUUUUAAAAUCCUCGUUUGCAGCAAGUGCCUCAAUCUCAGAAGGAAUCAGAUAUUAUUUCCAAUCAAGCUAUAGUGCAGCUUUUUCUCUUGUUAAGUAUAAUUUUUGGUUAGGCUGCUUACUGGAGUUCAUUAAUGUCCAGACCACUUUUUUAUGGAAUUAUAUUGAUGUUUUUAUAAUGUUGAUAGGAGAAGCAUUAAAAUUUAGACUGCAGCAGCUAAAUCAAAGAAUAAGGAUAUAUAGUAAAACGGAGAUCUGCAACUUACAGGUCUGGAGAACCUGCAGGACGAAUUACCUACGGAUCGUUGCCUUGUGUCAAAUCACCAAUGAAAGAAUCUCCACUUUAAUCCUCUUGAGCUUUUUGGUGAACUUAUAUUUCGUCCUUAAACAAAUUUUUAAGAGUUUGACCAAAUUCAACGACUCCAUUAAGAAGGCGUAUUUUUAUAUCUCUUUUUGCCUAAUGGUUAUCAGGAUUUCCUGCGUUAUUAUAUUUGGUAGCGGCAUUCAUGAUGAAUGGCAGGAAACCUCACAGAUUCUUCAAACUGUUUCAAGUUCUGCCUACAAUGUUGAGCUCGAGAGAUUCAUUAAAACAGUUACAACGUAUGAAUUAGCUCUUUCCGGCAAAAAUUUCUUUAGUGUUAGAAGACAACUUAUUUUACAGAUCGCUGGAACAAUCGUUACCUACGAAUUAGUCAUCAUCCAGUUUUACAAUGAAAUGUUAAAAAAUGAAAUGUAAAUAAAAUGAAAUCAUACAUGAAAAUUUUUAGUACUUAACACUUUAUGUAUGUUCUGUAAUAAAUAUACUCCAAAUCUUAA